AUGUACGUUGGGGAGGAGAAACAUGUCAGCAAACGUCAGCUGGUAGCAGCCCCAGGGUUUAGCAGCGAACUAGGUUCUGGAGAUCCGGGGACGGGGGACGUCGGGGAUAGGCGUCGAUGCGAGGUCGGCCGAGUUCAGACCGGUGGCCAGUGCACAUUAUGCCUCCAGACUCUGAGGCUUGCAACAAGGUUAAGUAUUGCCUUGGGUGCCAUCCAUCCAGUUCAGAUCCAGAUUCCGGGUACCACCACGGUUGACGGUUAG